AAAACACUGUAAAUUGAAAAAUGGCUUACUCCAAUAGAUCCGUUGCUUUGCGCUCCUCGAAAGCUUUGUUUAAACACCGCCAUGGCGCUGCGGCUUCGCCUCCCUUGUCCGGUGCCACCGCCCUUAACCGCCUCCAUGAGGAGAGUGACAUGGACGUGGACCGAGCAAAAGCAGAGCAGCUGAGAGCAGGGAUGGCCGGAGAAGGAGCGAUGACAAGUAUAGUGGAGGUGGCCUAUGAUUCCACCAAAGGGACGGCAGAGAAGGUGAAGGACACAACAAUUGCAGAGGCAAACGAAAAUGUAGUGGACACAAUCGAGUAUAGAAGCAUGGGGGAUAUGGGUAACUAUCAAAAUAUCCUAUUAUGAAUAUUGUUUAUUAAUCGCAAUUGAGCGGAGGCAGAAAUA